AUGCAGGAGAAUUUUCUGGCCUCUGAUGAUGUGUUGGCUCACUUCUUCAAUGAUUUCUUAAGUCUGCCGUCUUUCCCAGAGGCUUUGCUGUACAACCAGCAGACUGGGCAAUUUGAGGUGGUGAGUGGAGCAGCUGAAUUUAUCUCCAGAAGAAUCCGAUCAGUUCUGCACCACAGCAAAUCAAAACUCCUUACUCAUGACCACACAGAGCUGGCCAAAAGCACUCUAAUAGACAACCGUUACACUGUCUAUUGCCUGGACAGAGAACAAGGUGUUCAGUGGAUCAUGAAGGAAAGACUGCCCUUUUUCCUUCAAAGUGUUUGCUACUAUGAAUACAGACUGGCCAAGCUGUUGUUUCAGUGGGACCCAAACUUCAUUAUUCAGAGGAGGAAAUGCAGCUCAGCUCCAGCCAAACUGUCACACACACAACUGUGUUUUUCCUCCCGAUCUGACAAGGAGAAUAACUAUGCCCUGAAGACCCAAACAUGCUCGAAUGCUCAAGAGAAUAUUUCAGUAAAACAAGGUUCAUUGAGAAUACAUAAUGUUACAUGUCUACCCUCUGAUCAGAUGGGACAUAUCAGGACAAAAUCUAGUGAAUCAUCCAGAUGUUCCACCAGCUGGUCUGAGCCUGAGAGCUUGCCUACUUUUUCCUCUUCAUCCUCUGCUUCCUUCUCCUCUAACCUUAAGUGUGAGAAAACUCAGGAACUCCGGAGCCCACAAUCAGAGUUGAGUCUCUACUUCACAGAAAAGUCAGCUGCUGCUGGAGAGGAGCAUCACCUCAAAGAGUCCAGUAGUCUGGAUUAUGAGUCUUCUGAACUGCUGCAGCUGGAGUACUUGGCUGCCAAAGUGGUUAAACAGGUGCUUAAAGAUGCAGCGGUCAUGGUUGAUCGACAGAGCCGAACAAACACUAAAGAACUGACGAAUUGUACCAGCACAGACAGAUCCUGUGAAUGUCAGCAUUUAGCUGAUGAAGGCAGAGAAAGAUUGGAAGGGAAGAAAGAGAAAGUUCAAGAAGGCAAGAGGGGGAGUGGUAGGGAAGAAAAGACAGAAUGGCACAAGAAGAAUAGGGAGGUGGGGAGUAGGGGCACGUACAGGGAAAUGGUGCUUGAUCUGUGUAACCAUGGUUCCUGUUGCCGUGACAGUAGACCAGGCUUGGACGAGUUUAAGGAGUUUUUGCGAGGAACCUCAGGGGAGAAGCUGCUCAAUCUGUGGAUGGAUAUAGAGAGACUGAAAGCUAUACAGCACAGAGAGCGGAAGAACAGGUAUCUGGUUCUGAUGAGGAGCCGGUACCUGCUGAGCAGCAGCCACAGCUGUCUGAAUGUGGAGCUGCUUUCCAGACUGGGGCUGACUACCUCCCCCUACUGGACAGAAGAUAAACUGCGCUCAGUACAGCCGUGUCUCUCUGAGUCUUUGCUCUGCUACUGGGCUCCUCGGUUCUGGACGUCUCAGCAUGUUCAGGCAGACCGUGACGACUCCCCUCAUAUGGGGCUGUGGAUGGAAUGGUGUAUUAGCCCUCCAUCACACAUACGGCCCCGCUGUGGCUCUUUGACCCUGCCUCCCCUCUGCCCUGAUAACAUCCACCCCGAUCCCUCCAUAGUGCCAACGCACAGCAGCAGCAAAAUUGAAAAGAUGUUACAAGCUCUGUGUGCAGACUCGCAUGCUGGUUUAUACUUCACACACUUCUGUGAACAAUCUGGAAACCAGCUGUGGGAGAAUGCAGUUUACUUCUGGACUGACCUGCAGCAUUACCAUGAGCUGUUCUACCAGGACGGGCUGGACCCCUACAGAAUACAGAGAGAAGCACAGCUCCUUUACUCCACAUAUCUUUUCAGCUCUGCCAGGAGGAGCAUUGGUGUGGAUGAGGAGAUCCGCAGGGAGGUUUAUGACCAACUGAUGCCUGCUUUUGAGGAGCUGUUUGAUGAGGUCGAGGAACACACUCUGAACAUCCUGCUGGAGCCCUGGACACAGCUGGUAGGCAGGGACAAGGAGUCCCUCCAGCAGGUGUGUGUGCAGGAGGAGGUGCGCCGCGUCGACAGUCGGGAGUACAAGGAACUGCAGAGUCUGCACGAAGAAUCAGAGCGGCGACUGAAUCAGGUGGAGCAGUAUAACUUCAUGCUGCCCCCUUCUUCUAUUCCUUCCUCUAUUUCAUUCUCAGAGGGCCCCCAAGCACCUGACUCUUGGUCCAAUGUGUCUUCACAUUACCAAGGUUACCGUCUAGGUUCCUUACUUCGCCACCGUCAUGAGAUCGGGCACUUUAUGUCCUUUCUCCAGGAUCACGAUGCCAGUAUCCAUCUGACGUGCUGGCUCGAUCUGGAGCAGUACAGGAGGACUUCUCAGAGAGACAAGGCUGUCAGACAGGAGAGGUCGUCUCACAUCGCCAACAAGUAUCUCAACAGGAAGUACUUCUUUGGCUCUGAAAGCCCCGCCUCAGCAGAACAGCAGAAUGAUAUAUUGCGUCUGGCAGGUGGACUGGAACGUCUAAAACUAGAGUGUCUCUCAAACCCAGUCGUCAUGGAGAUCCAGGACAUCGUCAGGAGUCACAUUGAGAGAACAUGGCUGCCUCUGUUUCUGACUACAACAGAGUUCACAGAGAGACAGAAACACAAACCAAAGCCCCAAGCAGCAGAAAGGCUGUCCUUGCAGAGCGCCUACCGUCGACACAGGACGAGGAGAGAAGCCUGGAAGGCUGAGGGCUUGUGGAUGAGUUCCUCCAAAGAGAUCCUGCUGUUUCGACGGAUUCUCAUCAACCCCGUCACCUGUAUGCAGUUCCAGCAUUUUGUUUCUCUGAAGGGAGACUACCUGGAGAAUGACUUGCUUUUUUGGCUGGAAGUGCAGCGCUACAAGGACCUUUGUCAUUCCCACAGCGACGAGGCCACAAUCCAGCGAAAGAUCUCCACCAUCAUCAACUGUUUUAUUAACUCAUCCAUGCCCCCCGCCCUGCAGAUAGACAUCUCUCCUGAACAGGCUCAGCACAUCCUGGAGAAACGCCACGAGCUGGGCCCUUACAUCUUCAGAGAGGCACAGAUGUCAGUGUUUAGUGAAUUGCUGAAAGUUUGGCCUGAGUUUCAAGAGCUGAGGUGCAACGUCCAAGAGGAGCAGCUCCUUCCUCUUUUGGAGGAGAAACGAGUCAAACACAGAGCCAGGGUGCGCAGAGAGAGGAGAAAUGAGGAGGAGGAGGAAGAGGACGUAAGGAGGAAGGCCCAGCUGGAAAGACAAGAUUUCAGCUUUAGGGAGGAGGAAGAGACAGAUGAAGAUGAGACACAAGAAGAAGAACAAGAGAGAAGAAGUGAAAAGCUGUCAAGAGCACAGAGCAGACUGCUGCUGACUCCUGCACAGCCGUUGUCGUGGUCCUACUCCAAGUAUAUGGCAGCUCUGAAGAGAGAGGAGGUGCUGCUGAGGAGACAGAGUCAGCUGGAAGCCUCGUUCUCGGCAGCCUCAGACUCAUCAGACUGCAGUGUGAAGUCAACAGGCAGUAAGCACAGCUACCAGCAGCCCUCACGGCGCUCCUCCAGAACAGACAGCAAACAGUGUAACAGAUACAACAGUAAGUGA